UUCUCUCUGUUUCAGGGCAGAAAUGGAAACUUUCUUGUUCACCUCAGAAUCAGUCAAUGAAGGCCACCCCGACAAGCUCUGUGACCAAGUCUCAGAUGCCAUUCUUGAUGCUUGCCUUGCACAAGAUCCAGAGAGCAAGGUUGCAUGUGAAACUUGCACAAAGACAAACAUGGUCAUGGUAUUUGGGGAGAUCACAACCAAGGCCAAUGUAGACUAUGAGAAGAUAGUACGUGAUACUUGCAGAGGCAUUGGCUUCACCUCACCUGAUGUCGGCCUUGAUUGUGACAACUGCAAGGUCCUUGUCAACAUUGAGCAACAGAGCCCUGACAUUGCUCAAGGAGUUCAUGGUCAUCUUACAAAGAAACCAGAGGAAAUUGGAGCUGGUGACCAAGGCCACAUGUUUGGCUAUGCCACCGAUGAAACUCCUGAGUUCAUGCCCCUUACUCAUGUUUUGGCCACCAAGCUUGGUGCCAAGCUUACUGAAGUGAGGAAGAACAAAACUUGCGCAUGGCUCAGACCUGAUGGGAAGACUCAAGUAACCGUGGAAUACAAGAACGAGAAUGGUGCCAUGAUCCCAAUUAGAGUUCACACUGUUCUCAUUUCAACUCAACACGAUGAAACUGUCACAAAUGAAAAGAUUGCCCAGGACUUGAAAGAGCAUGUAAUCAAACCCGUCAUCCCAGCUAAGUACCUUGAUGACAACACUAUUUUCCACCUAAAUCCAUCAGGUCGCUUUGUCAUCGGUGGUCCACAUGGAGAUGCUGGACUCACUGGCAGGAAAAUCAUCAUCGACACCUAUGGAGGAUGGGGUGCUCAUGGUGGAGGUGCUUUCUCAGGAAAGGAUCCUACUAAGGUGGACAGGAGUGGUGCUUAUAUUGUUAGACAGGCAGCUAAGAGUGUGGUUGCCUCAGGACUUGCUCGCCGCUGUAUUGUGCAGGUUUCUUAUGCAAUUGGUGUGGCAGAACCACUUUCUGUGUUUGUUGACACUUACAAGACGGGCACUAUUCCGGAUAAGGAUAUUUUGGCCUUGAUCAAGGAGAACUUUGACUUCAGGCCCGGGAUGAUCGCGAUCAAUCUGGACUUGACAAGAGGAGGCAACUUUAGGUACCAAAAGACUGCUGCUUAUGGUCACUUUGGCCGAGAUGACGCGGACUUCACCUGGGAGACUGUCAAGAUCCUCAAGCCUAAAGCUUGAGCAACUUCAGUCCUUUUAAUUUUUCAGCCGAUGAAAUUUCUUAUGUUCAUUAUUCUUGUGGAGAAAAAGCAAUAAACAGAGCUUCGUAGCAUACAUUCAAUUUCUAAUAUCUACUUUCAUGGCUCCAUCAAGCAGUGGGAGAAGGGGACUUCAAGCAUUCUGAGUAGUUGAUCCUUUUGAUAUUUUUGGUAUCAGUGAUUUUGAGUGUGUAUUGUUCCAGCCUCGUACUUGAAUUUUAUAACAUCAUUCCCUGCAAGCUAAUAUGAACAAACUCUUCUGUUUGAUAUUAAAUAUCUGUUUUCAUUUAUAAAAUGAAAAUUUCAGUCAGUUAUCUUU